CAGUUCCAUUGUUAUGUAUAUUUGUGGUCUGUGGAGUCGCCUGCACAUAUCAAAACAUUUUAGGAGUGGAGUCCUACAGGCUGCAGUGCAGUUAGACCCCAUUUAAACACAUUCCUGUGACCUGCCUUAGAUGCACACUCCAGUUCAGUGUCAACAUAAGUCCCAGACCAUGUUGUACAGUCUACUGAUAUCAUAGAUUUGAGGGGCAGAGUAGCCAUUACUACUAAACAACCAUAGCAGGCAGAUAUCCGGAGUUAGUCAAAUUAAUAUUUGUUUUAGGAGAGGUGAACUCUCUGCACUUUCACUGGUGUGUGUGUUUCUUUCUGCUUGAAUCCCUCGGCUAAACCAUAAUCCUACCUGUUUGUUCUGAAAUUGCAUUAUUUUUUGCUUGUCCUCAACAUUUCAUUGUCCCUCUUGUUUGUCCUCCACCGCGCUGACCGUGGUGUCGCCUCUGGCCGGCAGGGAGCGCUGCUUCGCUGACACAUCCUGGCCCCAGUAUAUAAAAAAAAGUUUGUUGUGCGUUGUUUUUACGCAGGCGCAAAGCAUGCUGUUUGUCCAGUUUCUCUGGUUGACUUACCUGUGAGGUGGAGCAGUUUCGGUUCUUCGUGAGAGGAUUAAAUAAUACCGGCCACGGGUUUGGGUAAGCGCGUCCCGGGAGAUUGUAACCUCAUUCCUCGGUAUGUGAGACUAUAGGGACGCCCGCUGCGGAGCUGCUCGAGAUUUCUCCAGGGUUUCAGAAUCGGUGCAACAGCAGGUGCGCGAGCGGGGACAAACGGUGAGAGGAGACGAAGAGGGGGGGUGUGUGCUUCCGUGAGUGAGUUCACUAUUGAAACAGAAUAAAUUAUUGGGAAAUUCAACUGGUUGCUUUUUUUUAAUGCCGAAUUGUCGGGUCCUGCUCAAUUAUGCUGCUGGUGAUCCCCACGGCUGCCGAAUUUCAGUUUUCAGCGGCAGCCUGAAGCCUCCGUGCCUGCGGUGAGGGACUCUUCGCCCCGGGGUGGUGGCAGUGGGACAAACGCCACACACAUUGUUUCCGUGUAGUAAAGCCUCCCCGUGGACACCGAACACGGUGCUCGCGCUGUGGGUAGAAUUAACAAUUGGAAAGAUGAUGGGCUUCCUACGCCGGACGUUUAGCCAUCGCUCGCGCAGACGGUUUCAGACAGCGGACGAACGGGACGGGAAAGGAAGAGGGGGAACCGCGAACCCCGUGCUCCUCGCGCACCAACAGCAGGUCGUCCACGCGCCCGCCGUGGUGACAGGGGGAGCGGCCGUGCACAUCCCGGCGGCUGGGACCGACAAGGAUGCAAUGACCUGCCGCGUGCUGCUGCUGGAUGGGUCGGACGUUAACGUGGAUAUUCCAAAAAGGUCAAAGGGCCAGGAGCUGUUUGACCAGAUCAGGUAUCAUCUGGACCUGGUGGAGCCUGACUACUUUGGACUGCAGUUCAUGGAUCCAGAACAAGUCUCACACUGGCUGGAUGUGUCCAAGCCCAUAAAGAAACAGAUCAGAGAUGGUCCUCCAUACAGACUGUUUUUCAGGGUGAAGUUCUACUCCUCAGAGCCCAAUAACCUACAUGAGGAGUUCACCAGGUACCUGUUUGUGCUGCAGCUUCGACAAGACAUUCUGUCCGGCAAGUUGAAGUGUCCAUAUGAUGUCUCAGUAGACCUGGGGGCCUACUGCUUACAGAGUGAGCUGGGGGACUGUGACCCUCUAGAGCAUUCUCCUGAGCUGGUGUCAGAGUUUCGCUUCACACCCAAACAGAGUGAGACCAUGGAGGCAGACAUCUUUAACAAGUGGGUGGACCUAAGGGGUAAGGAUCCAUCCCAGGCAGAGACCAGCUUCCUCAACAAGUGUAAAUGGCUGGAGCUGUACGGAGUGGACAUGCACUUUGUCAAGGGAAGGGACGGAGCAGAGUACGCUCUGGGUCUGACUCCCACUGGCAUCCUGGUGUUUGAGGGCUCCACCAAGAUAGGCCUCUUCUUCUGGCCCAAGAUCACCCGCCUGGAUUUCAAAAAGAGUCGACUCACCCUAGUGGUGACGGAGGACGAUGAUCAGGGGCGGGAGCAGGAGCACACUUUUGUGUUCCAGUUGGACAGUUCGAAGACGUGUAAACACUUGUGGAAAUGUGCUGUGGAGAGCCACGCCUUCUUCCGGCUGCGCCAGCCCACAGCUGGGAAGGCCUCCAGCAGUGACUUCACACGCCUUGGAUCACGUUUCAGGUUCAGUGGAAAGACUGAGUACCAGGCGACCCACGGAGGGAGGCUGAGGAGGGCCAGUACGUUUGAGAGGCGACCCAGCAAGAGAUACCCCUCCCGCACUCACUCACUGGGUGGCAAGGCCCUCUCUCCAGCCAAACCGCCACAUAUCAGCUCCCACACCAGCCCCGUACCUAGUCUACACCCAUACCAGCGUAACAUCCCUAUAGCCCAUGAGCCUUGGCACCCAGCCCUCACACCCCCCAUCUACCUACAACACUCAGGACAUACAUCCCCGCACAGUUUCCCUCGGCGUGGUCCUGUCCUGGGAGGGGAGCAGCAGUUCAGUGUUGAGGAGAACGAGACGCCGUACUCUGGAAGUAUACACCAUCGCCACCGCAGACACACACACUACGACAACAGCCAGGAGACUUACUGUCACACACACAGCAAGAACAAACACAGAGCCCCUCCCUGUCCUGUUGAUGAGUUGGAUCUCUGUCUGCACAACCCCCUGGAGACAGACAGCAUCACCUCUCCCUGGCCUUCACUACAUGUCAACAUGGACAACAAGGCAGAGGAGAAGCAGUUGUCUGAGAAGUCUCUCCAGCCCUCCUCUCCCUGCAGCCCUCCAGACCAUCUCAAGUGUAACAUCUACAAAGCUCAGAUGGAAGCUGUCUAUAGAGAUGCUCCGCUGAUGCCCAGAGGGAAGACCUGUAGUCAGGAGAUCAACGACAGGUAUCAGAGCUCCAGUCAGGACUCUCGAGACUCUGCCACUUCCAGUCUGACCACAGAGAAAACCUCCCUCCGCCCCGACCACAACUCAACCACAGACAGACCCACCAAGUCUAACCCUAACACCAACCGCAGGAAAAGACUGGUCAGGCAGUUCAGUUUUAACCAUGAGGAUGAGGAUAAUCUCCCAGAGGCCCUUGCAGCGAUCUCUUCCAGGAGCACUGGGAAGUGUGGCUCUAACAACUCACUGGACAACCAGACACAACCCUCCAUAUACCCUCAGGAAACAAACACACAGAUGGACAUGCCGAUACUGGAGCUGAGGAGUCCAUGCUGUGAGCGUUCUCACUCUCCCCACCUCUCCACUUCCUUCUACCACACCUCCACCCCUCCCCUGGUACCCUGCCUCUCCUCUCACACCAACAGUGAGGAGGAGAUGAGGUUGGGCAGAGAGAAGAUUCUCAGGGCUCUCCUGAUGACGGAGCUCUGAGUCCGUGACCCCUAUGACAUCAUGGAUGCCGCAUGGACCUGGUGUGAGACGACCCUCAGGAGUCCCACGUCCACUGGCUGCACUCAGCAGUCAGCAUUUACUGUACAUAAUGCAGUCAACCUUUCUAGAUUUGCAUACAAAAUAAUUUGCUUAACUGUUAUUUUAAAAGGAACAUGUUUUAUGUCUACCCACACUACACACCCUGUAAAAACAUGCUCCCACACUACACACCCUGUAAAACAUGCUCCCACACUACACACCCUGUAAUAACAUGCUCCCACACUACACACCCUGUAAAAACAUGCUCCCACACUACACACCCUGUAAUAACAUGCUCCCACACUACACAGCCUGUAAUAACAUGCUCCCACACUACACACCCUGUAAUAACAUGCUCCCACACUACACACCCUGUAAUAACAUGCUCCCACACUACACACCCUGUAAUAACAUGCUCCCACACUAAACACCCUGUAAUAACAUGCUCCCACACUACACACCAUGUAAUAACAUGCUCCCACACUACACACCCUGUAAUAACAUGCUCCCACACUACACACCCUGUAAUAACAUGCUCCCACACUACACACCCUGUAAUAACAUGCUCCCACACUACACACCCUGUAAUAACAUGCUCCCACACUACACACCCUGUAAUAACAUGCUCCCACACUACACAGCCUGUAAUAACAUGCUCCCACACUACACACCCUGUAAUAACAUGCUCCCACACUACACACCCUGUAAUAACAUGCUCCCACACUACACACCCUGUAAUAACAUGCUCCCACACUACACACCCUGUAAUAACAUGCUCCCACACUACACACCCUGUAAUAACAUGCUCCCACACUAAACACCCUGUAAUAACAUGUUCUGAGAGAAUCACAUAUCCCUGCAGACAGACAGGCAGACAGGCAGACAGGCAGACAGAGGGACAGGUGACGAUGAAAGAUGAAUGUUAAAGUAGUAAGGUUACUGCUGCUACACAAUCAAAGCCCUAACUGUUUAAAUGAUGACACAAACAAUUUGUCAUGACUUAUUGUAUUGUCAUGUUGAUCUGCUCUGAUGAAACUGCUACAUGCUGGUAACUGUUCCCAGGUGAAAAUCUGCAGAGCUGCAGUCCCGGUCUUGUCCUGUAGAUGGAGACAGACCCAAACAGACUGCAGCUUGGAUCAGUUGUAGUUGCCCAUAACCACUACCUGGAUCAAGCCUUUUUACAUCCUCCUUGUGGUCAAUCUUAGAACUAAUCUGAUCCUAGGCCUGUGGUUACAUGGCACUAACUGGUGAGUUUGGGUCAGAGCUCAGGUUACAGCUCUGCCAUGUUUCUGUGCAGUUCCUUAUUGCUGUUCUUGUCUGUGUUCUAUACCCCUGUGUUUAACCUUAAUAAAGACAACAUUUUAACUUU